ACGGACCAGCAGGCUGAAGCCCGCGCCUUCCUCAGCGAGGAGAUGAUUGCGGAGUUCAAGGCCGCCUUUGACAUGUUUGAUGCGGACGGUGGUGGGGACAUCAGCACCAAGGAGCUGGGGACGGUGAUGAGGAUGCUGGGGCAGAACCCCACCAAGGAGGAGCUGGAUGCCAUCAUAGAGGAGGUGGACGAGGAUGGUGAGCGGCCCUCGGUGGCAGGGAGUGGGAAUGCGGACGGGUUCAUUGACAUUGAGGAGCUGGGUGAGAUCCUGAGGGCCACUGGGGAGCACGUCACCGAGGAGGACAUAGAGGACCUGAUGAAGGACUCAGACAAGAACAAUGACGGCCGCAUUGACUUUGACG